AAUACUACAAAUAUAACGGACAGUGUUUAGUUUAUUCAACUGAUUAUUAUUAUUAUGUUAUCUAUGCACGAUGCAAUGUUAAAAGUUAUUGAUAAUAUUUAUUAAUGAAUAGUGGUAAACAUGUCGGAAGAAAGGACAGAUUACGUUAAUAUUUUAGCAGAGAAAAAAUUACAAAAUGACGAUGCUUUCUUUAUGUCGUAUCCUUAUAGGCCGACAAUUGCGUAUAAACAGACUAAAUAUUAUAAUCCGGAGGAGCUGAAAGUUUUGGUUUUACAUAGUUCGGAAAUUUCUAAUGCUAUCGAACAGAUACACAAUGAAGAAAAGAAACCAAUAUCGACUAUUAAAUUGGAGGCAUGUGCAAUCCUGGAAGAGAUGGCCCUCGACAGAAGACUUGUGGUGAUACGAGUAUUAGGAGUAAUUUUAAGCAAAUUAUUUAAACAAUGUUGCACAGGACUUCUGGUGGACAGAUCUAGUAUACAAACGAUUAAAAACAACAUGGGAAGUUGUCCUGUAUUAUUUUUACCCUCGCACAGAAGUUAUGCAGAUUUUAUUCUGAUGUCUUUCGUUACUUUCUGUGAAGGGCUGCAGGUACCGGCUGUGGCUGCAGGAAUGGAUUUUCAUGGCAUGCGUGGUAUGGGUACAGUCCUACGCCAAACAGGAGCUUUUUUCAUGAGGAGAACCCUUUCAGGGGCUGAUCCUUUAUACAAGGCUUUAUUUAGGAGAUACGUACACGCCCUGGUUCAGGAGCAUCAUACGCCUUUGGAAUUUUUUAUUGAAGGCACCAGAAGUCGAACAGCCAAGGCUUUGUAUCCUAAAACUGGUGAGUGA